AUGGUUUUAUUCAAAGCUAACUUAUUUAUAUUCUUCUUGUUAAUUGUUCAGUGUAAUGCUAUACUACGUUUUGCCAACUAUAUUCAAGAUCAUAUGGUACUUCAACAAGCUCCACAAAGAGCAGUUGUGUGGGGAUAUGGAGAGACAAGCAAAUUGAUUACGCUUCGAAUGGAUAAUAAAAUCUAUACGACUAUCAGUGAUGCAGAACCUGCCAACGAACAAGACGAAAGUAUUUGGUCGAUAACGCUCGAUCCUGUCUACGAUGAAGGACCAUUUGAUAUUCAUGUUUCACAACCAUUAGCGAAUGGAACUCUGGUGACAAUUACCAUUCACGACGUUCUGUUCGGUGAUGUUUGGAUUUGUUCAGGACAAUCAAAUAUGCAACUUACAGUGAGUCUCAUUCAUAAUGCAACAGAGGAAAUUGUCAAUGCUGGUAAGUACCCGAAAAUUCGAGUAUUCACUGCUGAUGACGAACCAUCAGCAACACCACUCGAAGAACUACGUGGUAUUCGACUAAAUUGGUCAGUGGCAUCGCCUAAAAGCAUCGGUGGACCAAAUUGGAAUUAUAUGUCCGCAAUUUGUUGGCUCUAUGGUCGUAUGAUUCAUGUUGCAUUAGGUGAGCGACCUAUUGGACUCAUUGCUUCGUCGCUAGGUGGAACACCCAUUGAACUUUGGAUGCCACCGAAAGCACUGCAAGAUUGCGGCAUCCCAUCGGAUGAUAGCGUAAUAGUAAAAUCAUGGAAUUUCUCUUCUAUAGAAACAGCUUAUAAUCACUCGACUCUGUUCAAUGCGAUGAUCUAUCCAUUUAUGCGUACAGUCAUCUACGGAGCUAUAUGGUACCAAGGUGAAGCGAAUAGGGACUAUAAUACUCAUAAGUAUGCCUGUUCAUUUGCAAAAAUGAUACAACAUUGGCGAGAAAUAUGGAAUGAACGUACUAAUGAUAUUACAGAUAUUCAGUUUCCAUUCGGUUUUGUUCAACUGUCGACAUUUGCGAAUAACAGUGAGUACAUUGGUAGUUAUCCCGAAAUUCGUUGGCAUCAAACAUUUGACGUCGGUUAUGUUCCUAACAAUGUUGUUCCAAAAGUAUUCAUGGCCGUAACAUUAGAUUUACGUGAUGAUCCUAACGGUGAUCAUCCUCGCUAUAAACACGAUGUGGGAUAUCGUUUAUCACGAUCAGGUCUUGCCAUUGCUUACAAUCAGCAAGUCGAGUUUCAAGGACCUAUUGUGCAAAAUAUCGUCUAUUUCAUUGGUAGUCAAACAAUAAAUAUGACUUAUACAGCUGUAUCAAACAUUGAUUUACGUAAUCCAAAUGGAUUCGAAAUUUGUUGUCAAGGUAGCAAGUGUGCUAACGAUAGUUUAUGGAUUCCAAUAACUAUUUCAAGUCGAGUUGGAUUGACUAUCACUUUGUCAAUUCCCAUUUCAUGUAUUGGACAACAGUUGUAUGGUAUUCGAUACCUCUGGCGUGAAACGCCGUGUCCGUUCAAACAAGCAGCGAUCUAUAGUUUUACAGACCCUAAUUUACCUUCACCACCGUAUUUGAAAUUAUUUUCGACGGACUGUGGAGAAGUUGAAAAUAAUAUUUUUACAUAUAAGCGCUGA